AUGCCACCGCGGCCGUCCCUCCAGUCGCUCCUCUGUUUGGCGGCCUGCACCUCCGCGAGCUCCAAGGGCUCGGGCCUCCUCCUCGCCGCGCACCGCCGCUUCCCCGUCGCCUUCGCCGCUGCGUGGAGCCAGCGCCUCCACCUCCUGCACUCCUUCUCGUCCCGGUCUCUCGGACCAGCGACCGAGGUGAUGCCGCCGCGGGGGGCCAACGCAUCCGGCUCCUCCACUCCUCGUCUCUACCGAGGCGACGCUGGCGCCAAACGUCCUGCAGGAGAUUGCACAAAGCAGGACCACCUCGCCGCCUCCAGGUCCGGAUGGGGCCGCAGAAGAGUCCAUCGUGGGGAACAUGACUUGAGGAAUUUUUGUAAGAUGGAUGCAGCAAACGUGAGCAAUUACAAGCGAUGCAUUACAGAUUUUACUAUUUCUGCGUGUGACCAAAGGUCCAACCAUGAUGAGCUAUGGUCCAUGAAUAUCAGGGGUAGCGCCUUUCUGUGGCAUCAAGUUCGUUGCAUGGUAGCUGUUCUUUUUCUUGUAGGUCAAGGCCUUGAAUCACCUAGUGUAGUUGAUUCAUUGCUGGAUAUUACCAGGACACCUAGAAAACCUCAAUAUACAAUGGCACCAGAGCUUCCAUUGAUUCUACGAUCUUGUCUAUUCGAUAGAGUUAGCUUCAUGUGUUCAUCAGGUACAUACAUUUAGACCUUUGUGGCAUCCAGUGCUAUAAGUGACACUCUCAAAUUCAUUCCAAAGUACUCCAG